GCGAACUUCACUCAAUAUUGUUUUCAUUUUGAUUAGAACGAGAGAAUGUUUUUAUUGCAGUUAACCAAUUUUGAACUAUAUGUUUCAAGAAAUAAAGAUUCAUAUUGAGACAUCUUAAAACGAGAUGUAGUCAGGUAACAUCGUUUUGCCAAUAAUACAAUGUAGCCAACAAAGCCAACCAACCAAAAUACACGAGUGAAGUAAGAAACACACUUGCGAUGGCGAUGUGAGUGUGGUUUUCUUCGUUUGUGAAUGUGAAUAUUUUUGACUUGCAUUUUAUUAGUUAAUUAAGUAAUAGAUGAAUGGUAAACCGAAUCUACGUUGAAAUACCUGAGACGGUCAGAAAGAUAUACCGCAUAAAUCAAGCAUAUAGUGGAAACGACAACGUGAGGUGAUGGAGGAGAGUACAGAAGCUCAUAUGGAGACGGAUGUAUCUUCCACUACUGAGGAUGUUUCUGAAACCCAGGAGGUGACAGGGUCUAAUGGUAACGUAGAGAUGAUUGUGAUAGUAGAGAAAGUAAGUGAAGAUGAAGAUAAUUCCUCACAGCAGAGUGAUUUGCUGCCUCCUAUUGCAUCAAGUGAGACUGAUACAUGUACAACAAUAUCACCAAUUAGUUCUCCCAAAAAAUUAUCUCAGAAGGUAUCACAGUCUCCUAACAAAGCAAUCGAGACACAAAAAACGCCUCUCAAACCACAGUUAACCCAGUCACCUUGUAAGGUUAGCCCUAUAAAAAUGUCAGAGGAAGUUUCUAUUACUCCAGAUCAAUCUGAGGCAGUGGUUGAUUCCUCCAGUAAGAUUGAGACUCCAAACACACCAGAGAAAUCACUAGUCACUAUAAAUACACCUACUAAGACUGCAAUUUCCACUCUUGAUGUGGCAGAUGUUGACCCUAAAAUAUCUCAACACAUUAAUCCUGUAAAGACACAAUCAUUGGACUCUCCUGCAGAAAAUGAAACUCAAGAGUCACCUAAAAUGAGCACAAAUAAAGAUGAACCAACUCAAAUAACAGUACAAACAACAUCAAAUGAAGAUCAGCUUUCUGAAAAGUUAACUUUAAAUGGGCAAGUUGAUGAGACUGAAAAGAAUAUAGAUGAUGUAUCAAACUCCAAACACAGUAUCUCCAAUAUUGACUCUAUUGAUAAAGAAGCUACAAAUGAAUCACUAUCAGAAACACACUCUGAAUCAUCUGAGAAAGAACAUAAUAAAAGUAUAAGUAGGGAAUUGAAAUCACUGAUCAACUCGGCUAAAGAAUCAAAAAUUAUUAGCGAAUGUACACAGCUGACAAGCAAAACUAGGAAAUCCAGAGCUCCAUUGGAUGCCUCAAACUCUAGUGUCAAUGUAUCAGUUGAAGGAAGCAAAAUAAUUGAUACGAGACGCAGCAGUGAUAACUCACAGAAGAGCACUUGCAGUGAGAAAUCAGAAAAAAAUGCAGUAAAACGUUCAAUGAGGUCUCAAAAUCCUGAGUUUGUCAAUAAGGUAAAGCAGUUUUUGAAUUCUGUCACUUCUAAGGUUCAAAAGGAGUCUGAUGAUGGGACAGAUGAAGAUUUAGAAGAGAACAAAAGUAAGGAACCUAAAUCAACUCACUUGCCUAGUUCUCCUAAAAAGAAGAAAGUAGCUGAAAAUGUUGUUCAGGAAAAUACUAGUAAGCUGCGUUCAGACCCUUAUUGCUGGAGGUGCCACUGGGCUGUGGAGCAAGCUCCUAAUGAGAAAACCCACCCUCCCAUGACCUGCACUGUAUGCCCCCGAGUCUACCAUUUUAAAUGUUUGAACGGAGUGGAGAGAAGCAAGAUCAAACCUGAAAAGAGCUGGGUUUGUCCUGAAUGUAUGGCAGUGCUUCAUGCUGAGAGUUCAGAAACUAGGUCGCCAGCUAUGAAAAAAGUAAGCCUGGGGAAGCUGUGUGAACUUCUGAACUUUGCAAUGGAGCGAAUGAUGGAUUUAAAUGGGGUUGACCCCUUCAUGCAUCCGGUGGAUCGCACUCAAUUCCCCGACUACGAUAAGUACGUGGUACAUCCGAUGGACCUAUCGCUCAUGAAGGAGCACAUUAAAUCGGGCCACUACGGCAGCACCGAAGCUUUCGUAGCGGAUGUGCAAUGGAUACUGCACAACAGCAUCAUAUUCAACACAUGUGAGCAGGGUUUUGUGCAAUCUAAAUUAACGGCAGCGGCCAGGACAUUAGUUCGCUCGUGCCGGGCCGAAAUGGGAGAGAUAGAAGCUUGCCCCGAAUGUUACGCGGCCGCGCACGCGAUGAAACCUACCUGGUUCACCGACGUAUGCACCACGCCGCAUAUACUGCUGUGGGCUAAACUGAAAGGUUUCCCCUACUGGCCCGCUAAGGGUAUGUCUGUGAACGCCUCUGGUUUAGUGGACGUGCGGUUCUUCGGCGCCCACGACCGCGCCUGGGUACCUGCCAAAGAUUGUUUCCUGUUCUCUGAGAAAGACCCAAACAACUUCCGCACUAAGAGACAAGACAUAUUGGACAGUAUGCAGGAAGCCAAACACCACACCCGCAAUAUAUCCAAGAAAUACGGCAAGUUCGUGUAUCCACCGUUCAAAACGCAAUUUGAUCCGACGAAGUUGAAAGAGCAGCUCAAGUUGAUGAUACCAUCGUUUGAAGGGGAAGUCCGUGCUCCUAUCAAGGACAAGCCUGUGACGUCAUCGCCGAGUAUCGUUAAACACAAAAGCAGAUCCAAUUCUAAAAGCUCCAAAGGCUCUCAUAAUGAAGGUGACAUUAGUGAGUGCGAGGAAGCGUCAGCUCACACAGUAGCGACAUCUCGGAAAAUGGCGGAUGGUGCAGAAAUAGCUAGAGAAGAAGAAGACUCAAGCGGGGAUCAGGAGAAGACAAUGGAGGUUGAUACCCCGACAUCAGCUGCCAAAGAGGAAACAUCUAGAAAACGUCGCCGUUCAGAAAUGGAAGAGGCUGUCAUCACCAUAAUAGACAGCAGCAGUAACCAAAAGAAACAACGCCUUGAAACAGAAGAAAAUAAAACGGAAGAAGUUAAACCGUCUAGUAGUGAAGCCCGGACUACUAAAGAAGAUCUUGCUAUAACAUCAACACCGAAAGAAAAAGAUAAUAGAACACAAAAUAAGGAUAAUGAACCGUCUAGUAGCACAAACGAAAAAGACAAAGUAAUACCAACAUUAUCUCCAAUAAAACUAGUGAUAUCAACUAAAACUAACAAACCAAUUGUAAUAACAAAAGUGAAAAGUGCCAAAAGUGAUAAAGUCCCUCCAGUUAAAUUAAGACAAAUGAAAAUAGACAAAUCUUUCUCAGCAGAAAAUGUUAAAAGCAAGGACAAAUCGCAGAGACGUAGGAGUUCUAAAAGCAACAAGUCAUUAAAUAACAGCAACUCUGGAAAUACCAGCAAAACUGGAAAACUGCCCGAGAAGAAGAGCGAAAAGAUUAUUGUCAACUCUACUACAGCUGAGAGCGUAAAAGAUAAUAAAGAAGAAGCUAACAAGUCGACGUUGGAAAAAGAUGCUCCCAAGGCAAAAGAAAGUUCGAAAACUGUUAAGGAUAGAAUUCAGUUUGAUGACGACACAAGCCUAGCAGUAAUAGCGCGAGAAUCCAAGACCAACAACAAUUUAACUGGCAUGCCAACUAUCAGUAGCGUGUGUAGUUUAUCUACUACCGCCCAGAAAACCAGCUCAACUACAACCAAAACUACAACUAACUCUAAAACAGUCGAAGUUACUAUAGAAGCAAACCCAAAUAGCAGUAUAGUCACUCCGAUAAGCGUAGACGUUCAGAAAACAAAAGAGGCGACGAAUAAGUCAAAAAGUUUGCCUAACAACAAGGAACCGCAAUCGUUGGUCGGUCGAGUGGGGGUUAGAGCUUUCGCUCGAAUGACGUCACCAGAUUCUCGCUCAAAGAAAGACAAUACUGCCACUAACGCAAACAAAGACGUGCAAAUCGAAAUAAAAGCCGAGCCCAUGGACACAGAUGACGCAGAACGGCACAUGCAGAAAAUGGACCUUAUGAACGUGUUCAGAUUGCAACCGGUGAACAAUACUACGAGUUUACGUGAAGUGCGUAUAAAUAAAGUGGUCGUACCUACAGUGAACGCUAAAAAAGUGGUGAAACCGAGUCAAGAACCAAGGCCUAGGGCGAAGAAAACUUUCCCACAGCCUAAGAAGCCUGAUGAGGGAAGAUCAGAGUUAAACAGCAAGAAUUCUAUGGUGUAUAUUCCUAUACAACCGCCUAUAACGCCGGUGCCUGUCAGGGGGUCUCGAAUGACGCCUGUGUCCGUAUCCAACGGACCGAACAUGAAUGUAGCCACCAGAACUAUGGCGACGGUCACUAAUACUACUUCAUGUAGCAACACAGUAAAUACGGCGCCGACGUCGCUAGUGUCUUCUCAGCCGUCUGUACCCGCCCCUGCGCCCCUCGCCGCGCCGCCGCCCGGCAGUUCGCCACUAUCCCUCGUGCCGUCCGUGGGACAGAUGCCCACUAACGUGCACACCGUGCCUCUUAUCACCUCCGUCAACGGCCAGUGGACGUUCAGCCUUCAGCCGGUCAUGUCCGUCGGAGGGGUAGAUGUGUUGAUUCAGGACGAUGCACCGCAGCCGCUGAUGAAUGGCCUCCCGGACCGAAGCAAUGCCCCUACGAACAUUGUACCGAUAGUGCCGAACCCUGUGGUCGCGCCUUCGAACACUGUGCUAGUUCCAUCUUCCGCGCCGAUGAUCCAGCCCAAUAUGCCCACGGCUAUGUUGCCCAGCAGUGGACCGAAUGUGGUGCCUACUACGACAGUAGCGAUGCCAGUCGUAGCCCCGACGCCAGUCGUUGCGCCAAACAGAAGUACAGACAGCUCCGCACCGGGAGAGCCGCCCAGAUUACAACAGAGGCCAGCUUUGCUGAAUCCUUUAGACGCGCAGACUCCGACGGGCGUCCUGCCAACGCCUUCAAGCGCUGGACCAAUUACUGCUAAGCUCAACCAGAAUGCAGUUAAGUUGGCUGAUUUCUUCCGCAAUUUACUAGAAGAUUCUUUGGAGAAGGUGGAUGAACCGGCGGCGGAAGUAGUGCUCCUGAAACUGAAGCUCGAGCAAAUCUCCUGGCGGCAGAGACAAGAGAUCGAGGAACUGAAACACAACCAUGAGCUAACACUCGCGGAGAUCCGUUCCUCGUUCGAGAAGGAGAAAAUUCGUCUGGUGAGUGAAGUGAGGGUGGCGGCGCAAGCGGACUUAGAAUCCGCCGUAAAAGCUGCCAAGGCUAAACAAUGGUGUGCGAACUGCAACCAGGAAGCACAGUUCUACUGCUGUUGGAACACUUCCUACUGCGACUAUCCGUGCCAGCGAGCGCAUUGGUCGCAGCACUUCAGCGUCUGCACGCAGCAACGGUUACAGGACGGUGACGGCAGCAACAUAGGCAGUCCGCCUAAAAGCCGGUUACAACCUCAGCCGGAUAAUAUACCAAAGAGUAGUACAGCGCCCGGUGCGACGCCGACACUGACGGUAGGCACCAAGACAGCGCGGGGCCCUAGCCAAGACCAAGCGUCGAAAUCUGGCUCCAUUAUCAUAAAUUUGGAGAAGGACACAAGUGGUAAUCAAAAGCUGAAAUGCAUCGGCACUUACAAACAUGGGACGCAGAACCAGACGCAAAUAUCGCCAGUCGUCCACAAUCAACAGAUAAUGAACAACGAAGACACCUCUAAAAAGGUGGUCACAUCAGGGGGCUAUCUCAUAGUGGGUACGUCAAACAAUUCAUCGACUAUUGUCACCCCACCACGAAGAACUCACACCAUUCAGUACUACACCUGAGAUCUGGCCCCAAAACAACUGAUCGCACCCAAGAAAUGAUCAGUCUGCAAAACAAGUAGGUCAAACCCACAGACUUAGAUUUAAGUAGACGACGCAUGCGCGUCAAAUUGUAUGAAAACCCAGCGUGUCAUAAUUUUUUUGAUGCAUAAGUGGUGGAAUAGCAUGGGCACCGGCAAUUCGUCGUUUUUAUGACAUAAUUAGACAAUUUAAAUAUUGCUAUUGGCAUCCGUAACGAGAAGAGCGAUAUAAAGAAAUGAAAUAGCUGAAAAGGAAGACGUUUGGUCUCCCUUUUGGUAUGUUUUAGGCACGCGAAGUACAUACACUUGCGAUUAUUAUUAGGUAUCUAUUUCGAUCUGUGUCUGUGGUAAAACACCUCAAUUGAACCUUGCUAGUUGUAUAUUGUAAAGUCAUUGGAUAUCUUGUAUAAUGGGUAAGAAUUACUAGGUAACUAAACGUAUUUUUAUCGGCUGACUUGUCGACAUAUGUUUUUUUCAUAAUAAUCCAAUCUUACUUUUGAUUUAGAAAAGUCGAAACGCUUAUGUUUAAAGCGAAUUGGCGUCCUGAUUCCAUACACAAUAAAAGGAUCUUCGCAUCUGGACUUGAAUUUACUGAACAUUUCCAGUGAAGUUCAGUUAUUUAACGAGUCCCGAAGCUGUUAAAUUUGAUAAUCAAUAAUGAUUAUAUUUAUUAUGGUUACUAAAAACUUUUUUUAGUUUGGAUUUGCCAGCUAUUCACCACUCAUUUCUAAUAUAAAUAAAAUUGAUCUAAGAAACCCUGAGCAUGUAUAGAUGGACAUAUAGUUUAGUAAUGCUGUAUAUUAAGCAACAUUGUUUUAAAAUAGUUUUGGGAUGUACCCAUCAAGUGUAUUCUCAGUGAAUGAGUAAUUUUAAGUUUAAGACGUGAAAUUUUAACUUGCUUGUGAUUAGAAUCACAAGUUCCCAGGAAAACGCAUUUUGUAUUUACGUUAUUUUUGUUAGUUUGUACUUUUAAGAUGCGAAUACCAUUAUCUCCUAUAAAAAAAUAUUUGUUUACACAAAUUGAAGAUUAUAGUAGAUUCGGUUAAGUGGAAAAGACGACAAGCUCUCAAUAUUUUUUAUCUAUCUGAUUAAAUUCAAUAUCUUUUCAAGUAAAAUUUCCAAUUAAGAUAAGAUACGCUUUGCAAGUCUAUGCAACAAAUUUCUCGAUAAGAUAAUUUAUUUAGUAUAACGUAGUUUACGUUUCUUUUAUUAAUGUUGACGUAUGUUGACAUUUCUGUAAAUAAAUGUUAUAAAAAUAAAGACAACAUGACUUGGAAUGUUAUAAAUGUUGAUUUUUAAUGUAUCAAGGAUAUUUUGGAAAAUAUAUGCAACCUAAUCGUUUUUUUUUCAAUCCUUUGUUAUUUAAUUAUGGUAAAUUGUUACUUUUACUUUAUUGUGUUUUCGCAAAAUUAAUAUGUACUUUCACGCAAUACGGAGCUACGUAAACCGGUGGAAUACUUUCCAAUAUUGUGAGUCAUACGAUUUUAAUGUUUUUAAGUAGUUAUGACCAGACAACUUCGAUUAUAACGGCUGCAUAUAGUACGCGUCAGAGUAUCAUUCGAUUAUCCUCCUACGAUAAGGUGUACUGUGAUUGGCUGUUUUUCACGCGCGCGUUUUUAACACAUACUAACAGCCAAUUACACGGAAGCUUGACAAGAACAUAAUAAACAACAUAGGCUUCUGUGUAACACUAAGAUAAUAUCAUCAGAAAUAUUAUCGCAAGUAGUGAUAAAUAAAUUUUGCUUUGCCUUACCAAUGUCAGUAUAAUAUGUAGUUUCUGCCCUAUUUUCAAGACUGCUUAAUGAUGAACAUGAAUAGAAAAACUGUUAUACAUUAUUUUAGUUUUAUUUUAAGUACAGUUGUACUAAAUUUAAUCUUGUAACUAUGUUAUUCAAUUAAGCAGGUGUUAAUGCAUAUUAUUGAGUUAAUUAUGAAAUAUUAAUCAUGGUUGUAAAUUUUCGUCUAAAAUCUAAAUUAAAUGUAAUUUUUUACUAUGAUACCAUAAGUAAAUACUUUUUACAAAAAAAAGGUUCAUUGUGAUAUUCAAACAAAUUAUUAUAAUUCAUGAUCAGUUCAAGAAUUAGGUACUAUUAAGUGACGAAAGAAAUUAUGAAUAAUGUAAUGCUUCUUGUAAAAGGGACACUUAAAACUGUUUUUUCAUGAUAGCAUUAAACAAAUACAUUUUCCAUUGCCUGCGACUAGAAACAUGUUUUAUCAAACAAAUAAUAUUUUUCAUACAAAUUGUCCACUCUUUCUUUAUGGUGUUUCUGUUAAAGAGCCGUAUCGUGUAAAUAGUCUUUUAUUAUUAAUUUUAUGAGCUUUUAGUAAAUAAGGUCGGAAAUGUUUUAGUUACAUUUCAAUAAAGAUGUCAGAAAUA